AAUUCCUGGAGAGCUUGACUGUCGUAGCAUUCUAUCCACACUUCUUCCAGAUAAUCAAGAUCUACAAAUUCGUAAAAUGACUCAAAAAGAAAUACAACGAUUACUAGAUGUCUCACUCAGUCUUCACAUCCAAGACAGUACUCCCAGCAUAAGAGAUAAGGCUCGUCUGAACGCAAUUUCAACCCCACACUCCGGAUCAUGGCUGCGGGCAUUACCCAACACAAAUCUCGGCCUCGUCAUGUCUCGGGAGGAAUUCCUGGUUGCUCUGCGUCUUCGCCUCGGUAUUGCUGUUUUCCCCUCUUCUCCACUUCUUGUUCGGUGUCCAUGCGGUCAAGUAAUUGACAAAUUUGGAGACCAUGUUCUUGGUUGUGGUUCUGGGCCGCUUCGCUUGAAGCGCCACAAUGCUCUAUGUGAUAUUCUGUAUCGAUAUCUGCUAGUGGAUAAUGCUGGGUCUCGUAGAGAACAGUGUUUCUCCAGCGAAAGUAACGACAGGCCUGGAGACGUCUUCCACCCGGAUUUCUUACAAGGAAAAGCUGCUUUUUUUGACAUCUCAGUUAGAAAUUCUUUUACCAAUCAUUUCAUCAACAGUUGCUCUACCAAAGCAGGAGCUGCCGCCGAAGCUGGCGAAGUUCAGAAAGACCUUCGCUACGAUUCAGACGUCACAAGCGCAGGAGCCAGUUUUUACCCUAUGAUUGUUGAGACAUAUGGAACAUGGUCCACAUACAGCUUGGAGAUCAUAAAAGUGAUUGCAAGGAAAACUUCAGUUUUGAACAAAUUACCUGUUAGCAGAAUAGUAUGUAACAUACAUGAACAACUAGCAGUACGACUUUGGCAGUAUAAUGCCAGGAUGGUUUUGGACAGGCUACAUUUGGUCUGUCAUGGAGAGUAAAAUAAAAUAAA